UAUUUUUGCUAAACCGCAACCUUCGCUGCGCCAUCUGCAGCUAUCUAUCAAACCUCCAGGAAUUUUUAUAUGCACAGCGCAGAUCUAUUAAUUUAAAAAUUAAAUAAAUCAUUUAUUAAACUUGCCAUAAUGGCCGUAAGAAUUAUCAGGCAAUUUGCCACCACAAAGCAAAAUGCGCGUCACUAUUCUAGUCAAAUAAGGAAAUGUACAAUCAUUCCUGGAGAUGGUAUAGGCCCCGAAAUUUCCACUGCAGUUCAGAAAAUUUUCGCAGUUGCUAAAGUACCCAUCGAAUGGGAAAGUGUUGAUGUGACACCUGUGCGUGGUCCGGAUGGUAAAUUUGGUAUACCACAAGAAGCUAUCGAUUCGGUAAAUCGUAAUAAAAUUGGCCUGAAAGGCCCACUUAUGACUCCUGUAGGAAAAGGACAUAGAUCACUGAAUCUUGCACUCCGCAAAGAAUUUAGUCUUUAUGCAAACGUAAGACCUUGUCGUUCAUUAGAAGGAUAUAAGACAUUGUACGAUAAUGUUGAUGUGGUAACUAUCAGAGAAAACACGGAAGGUGAAUAUUCUGGCAUUGAACACGAAAUUGUUGACGGCGUUGUUCAAAGUAUUAAAUUAAUCACAGAAGAUGCUUCCAGAAGAGUUGCCGAAUUUGCGUUUAAAUAUACUAAGGAGAACAAACGUCGUAAACUUACUGCUGUGCAUAAGGCCAAUAUUAUGAGAAUGUCUGAUGGACUGUUCUUAAGGUGUUGUCGUGAUACGGCAGAAAAGUUUCCUGAUGUUAAGUUUGAAGAAAAAUAUUUAGAUACUGUCUGUCUUAAUAUGGUGCAAGAUCCCUCGCAAUAUGACGUAUUGGUAAUGCCAAAUUUAUAUGGAGAUAUUCUUUCAGAUAUGUGUGCCGGUCUUGUUGGUGGAUUAGGAUUAACACCAUCGGGAAAUAUUGGCAUUAACGGUGCACUAUUUGAAUCUGUACAUGGAACUGCACCUGAUAUCGCAGGUAAAGACUUGGCUAACCCAACUGCCCUUUUAUUAUCAGCUGUAAUGAUGCUCAAGUAUAUGGGUUUAAAUGAACAGGCAGAUAGGAUACAAUUGGCUUGUUUUAAUACAAUCAAAGAAGCUAAAUAUUUGACAGGUGACUUAGGUGGAAAAUCAAAAUGUUCUGAAUUCACCAAUGAGAUAUGUAACAAGUUGUAAGAAUUUAUGUCAAAUCAAGAUUAAGUAGCAAACAGUGUUGUAACGAUAUUCUUCAUUUGUGAGUAAUUUACUUAAUCAUACCAAUUAUACACACAAUAUUUAUUUAUUAGUUUAGUGCUUGUGUUACCAUAUUGUGCAGUAUUAAAUAAAGGUUCCAGAUCAA